AUGGCUGAGCCCCGCGCCCUCGCUAGUGCCGAGCUAGCACUGUUCACCCAGGCCAUUUUAGGCCCGAGCCGAUUUUUCCUUGGACAAAACCUACAUGCUAACGAGGGUGCGGUAAAUUGGGAGCCCUGGGACAAGUUUACUCCCGAUGGCGAGGUGUCGGAUCCUGAUAGUCCACCGGAGAACCCUAGUCCAGAACCAGCGCCUGUUCCGAAGCCCGAACCUGAACCUAGGUCCCCUGCAGACCCCGAGCUUGAAGAGGAAUCCAAGCCCGAGCCCGAGCCCGAGAAGGAGCCUAUAGUGUCCGAGCAUGAGGAGGAGCCGAUCAAGAUCGACUAG